AUGAAAAGCAGCGGGGGUCGAACUCUGUUACAGCACCACGAAUCGUCGUCCUUCUAUUUCAACCGAACAUGGCAGGAAUACAAAGAUGGUUUUGGUUCUCUGACCAGUGAUCAUUGGUUGGGUUUGGACAAGCUCUACUACCUGACCAACAGAGAUAGUUUAACGGCGGUAAAGAAUCAAUAUUUUAGCACUUACGAUAACGACAACGACAACAGCAGCAGAAACUGUGCUUUAGACAUGAGAAGUGGGUGGUGGUAUAAUGACUGCGCACCUUGCAAUCCUAAUGGAGAACUAUUGAAGCCCAAUGAAACAGGGGAUUAA